GGGCCGUGGGGGGCCAUGGAGCUGUGGAAGCAGUGUGCCCACUGGCUCAUCCAGUGCCGGGUGUUGCCCCCCAACCACCGAGUGACCUGGGAAGGGGCUCAGGUCUGCGACUUGGCCCAGGCCUUGCGCGAUGGCGUCCUUCUCUGCCAACUUCUCAACAACCUCAAGCCCCACGCCGUCAACUUGCGGGAAAUCAAUUUGCGCCCUCAGAUGUCCCAGUUCCUCUGCCUCAAGAACAUCCGGACGUUUUUGGCCACCUGCUCCGAGAAGUUUGGCCUGCGCAAGAGCGAGCUCUUUGAGGUCUUCGACUUGUUCGAUGUGCAGGAUUUCGGGAAGGUGAUCGAUGCUCUAUCCGUCCUCUCCUGGACCCAAGAGGCCCAAAGCAAGGGCUUCAUGCCAUUCCCUACUGAGGAAAGCAUCGCAGAUGAGGAGAUAUACAGCGGCUUAUCAGACCAGAUUGACGACACCAUGGACGAGGAUGACGAUCUCUACGACUGUGUGGAGAAUGAGGAGGCGGAAGGAGACGAGAUCUAUGAGCACCUGAUGAGGUCGGAGCCCUGCGCCAUGCCGCAGAAGAUGACUGAACUGGAUAAGAGGAAAUGCUGCCUACAGGAGAUCCAGCAGACAGAGGAGAAAUACACCAGCACCCUCGAAUCUAUUUACCAGCAUUUCAUGAAACCGCUGCACCAGUUCCUGAGACCUCACGACAUGGAGAAUGUUUUCAUCAAUCUCGAGGAACUUCUGAAGAUUCAUCGAUGCUUCCUGGUGGACCUGAAGAACGCUUUGUCUUUUACCAACUCCCAGAACCUCUAUCAGGUGUUCAUCAAGUACAAAGAGAAGUUCCUGCUGUACGGCCGGUACUGCAGCCAGGUGGAAGCAGCCACAAAGCAUCUCGACCAGGUGACCAGCGCCAGCGUAGACGUGCGCAUGAAGCUGGAGGAAUGUUCCCAACGAGCCAACAACGGCCGCUUCAGCCUGCGCGACCUCCUCAUGGUUCCUAUGCAGCGGGUCCUGAAGUAUCACUUGCUCCUGCAGGAGCUGAUCAAAUACACAGCAGAACCGAUUGAGAAAGAGAACCUCCGGCAGGCGCUCGAUGACAUGAGGGAUUUGGCUCAAUGUGUGAACGAAGUCAAGAGAGACAAUGAAAUACUGAAGCAGAUCACCAAUUUCCAGCUGUCCAUAGAGAACUUGACCCAGUCCUUGGCUCACUUUGGGAGGCCGAAAAUCGACGGAGAGGUCAAGGUCGUGGGUGGAGAGAAGCGCUCCAAGAUGGACAGGUACGCUUUCCUCCUGGAUAAGGCCCUCCUGAUCUGCAAGCGGAAAGGAGAUACGUUUGAAAUGAAGAAAUUUGUUGACCUGCACAGCUACCAAGUCCGGGAUGAUUCUUCCGGAGAGAAGGACAACAAGAAGUGGACUCAUAUGUUUGUUCUAGUGGAUUCUUACAGUCCCUCGGGCUACGAACUCUACUUCAAGACACGGGAGCUGAAGAAGAAGUGGCUGGAACAAUUUGAAAUGGCCCUUUCAAACAUCUACCCUGAAAAUGCCACUGCCAACGGACAUGAUUUCCACAUGCACUCCUUUGAAGAGACGACGACUUGCAAAGCUUGCCUGAUGCUGCUGCGGGGCACCUUCUACCAGGGCUAUCGCUGUGGCAGAUGUCGGUCAGCGGCACACAAGGAAUGUCUCGGUCGGGUAUCAGCCUGUGGAAAAGCCAGCUCAGAAUCUGGGUCUACGAAAAAGAAUAAGCACAACCGGCACACGCAGGACAGAAGAAACCCUGAAUUGGGACUGCCCAAGUUGGAGGCCUGCCAAGGGUAUCACGGUGUGCCUCCCCCUCCCAUGGCAUUCGGGCCCCCGCUGAAACUCAACGUAGGAGAUAUCGUGGAAGUCACCAAGGCUGAGGCAGAGCAGCUGUGGUGGCAGGGCAGAAACACGUCCACCAAUGAGACCGGCUGGUUCCCUUGCAAGAAAGUAAAGCCGUACAUCUGUACUCCUCCUCCAGAUCUAUCCGUCUACCUCUGGUACACAGGGCCGAUGGAGAGAGGAGAAGCCGAGCAGAUCUUGGCAAAUCGCUCAGACGGGACUUUCCUGGUGCGGCAGAGAAUCAAGGAUGCAGCGGAAUUUGCCAUCAGCAUCAAGUUCAACAAUGAAGUCAAGCAUAUCAAAAUCCUGACAGCGGAGGGUUUGUACCGCAUCACAGACAAGAAGGCCUUCAAAGGGCUCACGGAACUGGUGGAGUUCUACCAGCGGAAUUCCCUGAAGGAUUGUUUCAAGAAUCUCGACACGGUGUUGCAGUUCUCUUUCCAGGAGCUGGAGAGCAGAAUUGUCUCCAAGCCAACAGGGAGAAAAUUGAAGUACUUUGGUUCCGCCAAGGCUCGCUACAAUUACUGCGCACGAGACCGGACUGAGUUGUCCCUCAAGGAAGGAGACAUCAUCAAGAUCCUGAACAAGAAAGGGCAUCCAGGAUGGUGGAAGGGAGAGAUUUACGGCCGGGUUGGCUGGUUCCCAGCAAAUUAUGUGGAAGAGGAUUAUUCCGAGUAUUGUUGAGGACACCGCCUGCAUUGAAAAAUGUGAUGGCUCCCGGAACAGCCAGAAGGAUCAGUUUCUUUUUACCUCCGACAGCUCUUUGUGUGCAGAAACUCCGCUUAUUUAUGAACUCCCUUCAGUCCCUGCUCCGUCUCAUCGUUUCUUUCAUUCCUUGUGUCAAAUAAAUGGAGUGGAA